UCAUGUGCACCCCGUGUUGAAGAGUAACUGACCUUAUGUAGUAAGCACAUUGGUUGACGGUCAGACUUCUUGCAGGGGCGGGAAUACUUAUUCCCGACCCUACAUCACGAUCAUUUCCUGUCAUUAUUUCUCUCCUGUCACCACUGGACACCAUUAUGGGCACUACUGCAGCCACUCAGAGUAUCUAUUACCACUGCACUGCAACACUCGCGCUUUCGUUCUGGGACUUCCUAAUGACGUUCGGAGAUGAAGUCCAUUAUAUUUGGCCGAUGAAAAGACGCACGUUCAAAUGGCUUUACAUGUUCCAUCGCCAUUUCCUAUUGGUUACUCAUAUAACGUGCCAGAUCCUUCUCCCCUUCUUUCCCGUCAUGUCUUUUCGCAUUUGCCGGGCUCUACUUGCGUCUGUGACAGCUGUGUUAGAGUGCGCUAAUUUCACAUCGGAAUUUAUAUUGGCGUUCAGAGUUUGUGUGUUAUUCGGUCGCCGCCCAUGGGUAUCGCGCCUUCUUGGAUGUCUCAUGCUAGCCGAGCUACUCUGCUGUAUGGCUACUGCAACUUUGACUUUAAAGAGUUAUAGAGGUGGCAUGCUGUUCCAGGUCUCCCCAGACCCGAAGAUACAAAUGGCAUGCACAGCGGUUGUGCACAGCACCCUCAUCACCCUCACGGUGGUUAAGUAUCUCUCUACCGUUGGGGCGAGGGGUGCUGAAAGGAAGGUCAUAACAGAGUUUACACUCGAUGGAGCUGUUACCCAUCUCAUCAUGGCAGGUUUGCUUGGUUUUGGUCUCACCAUAACCACCGUGCCGAAUUCCGGACCAUUCAUUAUGUUUUUCUGGUCAUUGACUGUACAUUCUGUCUGCGGAAGUCGACUGAUAUUGAAUGUGGCGCGCAUGCUGGGCCACAUGCAAGGUUUACCGGAGGAUGAAAACAUUUUAUUCACCACCCAGAUCGACAUUUGUCUCUCUGAGGAUUUGGGUUGAUCUCAAAGCAUAAGGAUUUUCUUUCACUUAGAGCACAAGCAAUCACAAUUCCCGUCCUUUUUUCAUGUCCCCGCAUUCGCCCCAUGUUUGUAUGUGAUCAACUGUAAAUAUAUAUGUG